AUGAUCACAGCUUUAGCUCCGCUUCGGAUGAUGAUGAGGGAGGUGGAGGAGGUAGAGAUGGAUAUGGGCAUGAUCAGGAAGAAGAAGAAGAAGAAGAAGGAGGAGAAGAAGAAGAAGAAAGAGGGGGAGGAGGCGGAGUGUAUGAGGAGAGGGUUGAUGCUUAACCAGAAGAACAAAAAAAAACCCUCCAAACCCCCUCGCACCGCCCAAAGCCCAGCCCUCAACCUCACCCAAGAAGAACAAGCCCACCUCCACAAAAAGAUAAAAGAACAAGCACAAACCAUAACGCGCCAAAGACUCUCCACCCUCCCUCCCCUCCCCAACGGCCAACCUUUAAAUCCCCAGACCCGGGCACAACUGAAAGCACCCCUCUUCCACACAAUCUUGAAAGUACUAGAGAAACAGCAAGAUAAAGGUUCGAGGGCCAAGGGGAUACAGAGUAUCGUACCGACUCUGUUGAUACCGAUGCCUGGGAGAGAGGGAAGGGAAGGGAAGAGUGUUGUGGUGGAGUAUGUGGGGAGGGAGGGAGUUUGGAGGGAGGUAAAGGGAGGAAAGAGGCCGGAUUUUGAGAGGUAUGAGGAUAUGGUUGAUGGGUGUCCGCUUGAUCAUAUUAAACAGGGAUCAUUGGUGGAGGAAAAGACGGAGCUUAGCGAUGAAGCACGUACAGAGAAGGAUCCUAGCCCUCUGGUUCGACACAAGGAUGGUAUCAGCUCCCUUUCCCAAAAAGCAGCCGACAUCUCCCACCGCUUCCUCUCCUCCCUCCUCCUGUCCCACCCGCAAGGCCAGCUCAUCCAUCUCAAAACCCGAGACGACGUCGAAAAAGCAAUAUACAAAGCCGCCAAAGUCGUGCUGAAAUUGUACAAAGACAAGGAUGUGGGCCAGUUGAACUUGAUUCCGGUAUUGGUGCUACCGAUGGGGAAUGGGAUGGAUAUACAGGGGAAGUGGGUGUCGAGUUUGGGGGAGUGGGAGGAUAAGCCUGGGGAUGUGGUUGUUAGUGUGAGAUGUGAGUGA